AUGCACGCAUAUAUCUACCUCUUGUUAAAUACUCUCGUGGCUUCGAACUUGGCUGGCCAAGCCUAUGCCAGUCCGUAUCGCCCUCCGGUUGACCAAAUCAACCUCCGCGAGCCUGUCAACCCUGUUACACACUGGCCAAAUCUCAAUGACCUGAUCUCUGACGUGACCCAGCCUACCGAGGAAGAUAGGUCCCUGUCAGGCUCACUGGGCCUGCAAUAUGGCAGGUGUUACUACAUCGAGAACCGACAUGGUGACCGUCUGGGCUCGGACGGCGGUGCAUACAGCUACUACAGAUUCGGAAACUCCAAGCGAAUCUUCCAGGUGUGGUAUUCCAGAGGCUUUCCCUACAAAGCUGGAGGAAAAUUGUCGGUGCCGGACGACGGGGAAUUCUACCUGUGGGAUCCGAAAGGAAGCUCCGUGACCAACGGCGGAAGCUGGAUUGCAACCAACCUCGGCGGCAACACGUAUCCUGGAUUUUACAGUUACUACUAUUACCUCCGCUUCAAGGGUCGCCGCGAUGACGACCACGCAUCUGAGGAGUCACACAUGAUGGGAUCUGGGUACCCCGUUACAUUGGGAAUUGCUAAGGUGGAGCCUCCUAACGGGCUUCCAAAUUAUAGAGGCUUGACGAUUGAGAACGACUACCUCGUGAAUCGGAAUAACGAGGAUACUGUUGAUGUCCGCUUCCAUGAGGUCUCUUGUCCAUGGGAUGGAUCUGAUAACUAG